AAGUACCUAUGAAAAAGAACAAAAGCCGAUGUACCUACAUCUUAUUCUCCUACCGUCGUAGUAUCAAUAUUGAAAGAAAGUGGCUGAGGAGACACAAUACUGGUUUUUGUUGACAUGUAAAAAAAAGAUAAAUAUUCCCAAUAUGUUUUGGUUGAAAAUGCAAAAGCUUCAUUGAUUUCGACUCAAGAAGGGGCGAAGUUGUUCGGAAUUUAAGUUUUGACACUCGACACUCAUUUCGACUGGAGAUUCAGUGAAUUAUAGUGAACAUUUGAAGAUAAUCUAAUGAAAUGUAUGCCGAAUUUUGAAACUGUGCAAUUCAAAUCGACGGAAUAUAUUUAUUUUCUGUCGCUAGGUUUUACAGAACAAUUCUCAGGAAGAAGGAACAUUUGUGCAGUAAAUUUUUCUGGAUUUUCCAAAAUUUCUAUAUAAACUUCAGGUAGUAUGAUACCUUUAUUAAUGACCAGUUACCUGGAAGAUCACAUCGCAGCUCUCAGUAUAUAAUUUGAAUGGAUGUCAGUUUCUUCCCGAAUGAAGAUGUGCUGAGAAGUGUUAAAAUUAUUGUUUAUUGAUUAUGUGUGUUUCAUAAAAAGUUAUCGAUUUAUGUGUUUCGUGACUACUCAGUUUCGUGAACGUAAGUAAUUCUAAAAUUUCACAAUAUGAUGAUGAUUAUGAUGAUGAUGGCAUCCGUCAUUAUAUAAAUGAAAUGAAUAUUGUGAAUAUUCAGAACUGAUUGCGAGUAACAAAUGAAUGCCAAACACCAAUUUGACAAAUAGGAAAGGAAACUAAAAAUUCUUGUGUUGGACAAGUCGCUGACAAAAUUAUAGCACAGAUUCCACAACGACAGUAUAUGUAUAAACAAACUUCAACUUACUGUGUUCACUGUGAUGAGGAAACUUGAAAAUGUUUGGAAGGACUUAUAAAAGUUUGAGUUUAUUAUUUUUGGUAUUGACGAUAUCUACUGGGCAAGAGCAGAUCGAGUUUGUACCGAGCCCUUGUCCCAGGGUCUUUAUUUAUUCAUAUGACCAAUUGAAAGGCCUCUAUGGAUCGGUACUAGUUCCUGGAAGACAUGCUAACGCAAUAUAUUUGGACGUCGAGUUGUCAGUAGGAAAUAUUGUUCACGGUUACAAUGGCCAUAUUGAAAUAGCAAAAUCCAAAAGUGAAAUCAUUCAAGAUAUCCUCAAUAACCGGCCAGUGUUAUUCAAAAUAUUUUUCCCAGUUUGGAUCAACAUUCCUCCAAAAAUUACCAAAAUAUUGGCUAACGGAAAUUUAAUAUGUUUCGGACCAGCAGUUCCAUUUAAUUUGGUGCCUUUCAUAAGCACUAUACAUCUGUACUACCAACUAAGACUUGAUGAUUUACCUCGACCAAUCCCUCAAUCGUUCAGGCCAAAUAAUAUUUUCUCCGCAGAGAGCCAGCCAUCAAGUUUGGAUUUGAAAGGAUCUGAUUCGUAUGACUAUGGAUCCAAGGACCCGCCAAAUGGAUAUUCAGGAAAUGGUUUUACAUUUCAAGACAAAAACCACAGAGAUCAUCCAGCAACUGAACCACCUUUCCGGAAAAAUGUGUUUUUUAACUUCCAUCGACGUCCGGAAAUCCAUCCAAUUCCAGAAACGACUUCAACGCACAGAAAUCAGCCUAUAGAAACGUUCGAGCAAUCUAAAGUCCCAUACAAACUGACUAGUACUCAGUCUCCCAUUGAUACUGCCAAUCUGGUGUUCCAGCAGAAUGUCUAUGGGGAUUUCAAACCUCAAGUUCCCAAAAACAGUAUUAAUACCAGUAAAUCAUACCAAAGUAUUUGUGGAAAACCAAUAACUACAAAUACAUUGAUGAUAAAUGGAAAGGAUGUACCUAGAGGAGCAUUUCCUUGGCUUGCUGCGAUCUUUGGAGUGAAACCAGCUGGGACGUAUUUCUUAUGUGGUGCUUCUCUAGUAUCCGAUAGACAUGUAGUUACAGCUGCUCACUGUACAAUGAAGGAAAACAAAAUACUCCGGACCAGUGAACUCCUCGUCAUCUUAGGAAAACUGAAUAUCCAGAAAUGGAUACCAUCUUACGGAGAAAAAAUAAUAGAACCUGAAUCCAUUCACAUUCAUCCUGAUUAUAAAGACUUCUCUAGUGACGCCGACAUAGCAAUAUUAGUACUCAGUGGAAGGGUGGAGUUUAAUGAAUACAUAAGACCUGUAUGUCUUUGGAGUAGUGAUUCAGAACUAGAGAAAAUUGUCGGAAAGCAAGGAACAGUGGUUGGAUGGGGUAGAGACGAAAAUGGUGAUCUCAUGACUGCGGAACCUAAGCAGAUCCAGUUACCAGUUGUGAGCCAAGAAGCAUGUUUAAGAAGUUCGUAUCAAUUCCAGUACAUCACAUCUAACAGAACAUUUUGUGCAGGGCUUCGUGAUGGGUCAGGACCGUGCAACGGAGACAGUGGAAGUGGGUUUACUAUGAAGCAGGAAGAAAGAUGGAUGCUGAGAGGACUGGUAUCGACUUCAAUCUCAGACAGUCACGCAAGGACUUGUGAUUUGACAAACUUCGUUGUUUUUACAGACGCCAGUAAAUUUUACUACUGGAUUUUGUCUAUUAUCAAGUAGAUUAUUAUUAUUAUUUAGUUAUUAGUAUUUAUUUGGAUAUUUCUGAAUAUCAUCUAA